AUGGGACCUGGAAUGUGGAGCUUCUUUACUUUGUUUGGUCUGUCUCUCUGGAGCACCAGUGAAGCGCUCAUUCCAAAUCCCCUCCUCUCCCGGGCACGAAGAGCUCCAGAGGCCAACGGAGACAACUCGAGGUGCUCUUACACCUUCCUAGUUCCGGAGCAGAAGAUCACAGGCCCCAUCUGUGCAGCCAGUGGUCCCGUCCCAGACAGAGACCGGGUGACUCGCCUCGAUGUGGCGGCGGUGCGUGAUCUUCUCUCAAAGCAAAGGAGGGAGAUGGAGACACUAAAACUAGUAGUGGAUGUAGACGGCAACCUGGUGAAUGAGAUGAAGCUGCUGAGAAAAGAGAGCAGGAACAUGAAUUCCAGGGUAACCCAGCUCUACAUGCAGCUACUGCACGAAAUCAUCAGGAAGAGGGACAACUCAUUAGAGCUGGCUCAGUUGGAGACACGGAUCCUUAAUGCCACCGCAGAGUCGCUGCGACUGACCUCUCGUUACAAGGAACUGGAGGCCAAAUACGCUGCCCUCUCGGCAAUGGUGAACAACCAGUCGGUGGUGAUUGGCGCUCUGGAAGAAAGUUGCAUGAAGAUGCAGGAUCGCAGACAAGAGCCGCCACCGCUGGGCCCUCCAAUGGUGCACGUGGUGCCUGAGAACAUUCCGGUUAACGUCCCACGUAUUACCAACGAGAUCCGAGGGGACAAUAGCGGAGGAUUCGUCCGUGAAAGGGGUUCUCGCUCUGGGCCGUCACCAACCGACGGUACUCUGGAAGUUCAGAAACAUCCUCAGACUAACUUUAGUGCUGAAGGUCCAUUCCGAGACUGCCUGGAGGCUCAAGAGGCCGGCCACGUCACCAGCGGCAUGUACCUGAUCAAACCUGACGAGGCGGAGAAGUCCAUGCAGGUCUGGUGUGAACAAGACAUGGACAACGGAGGCUGGACUGUGAUUCUCAGCAGGAAAGACGGCUCUGUUAACUUCUUCAGGAACUGGGAAAAUUACAAGAGCGGAUUUGGCAACACAGAUGGGGAGUACUGGCUCGGUCUGGAGGGUAUUUACAAGCUGGGACGUCAGGGCGAUUACAAGCUUCAGGUGGAACUAGAGGACUGGAUGGAUAAGAAGGUGUAUGCUCAGUACAGUAGCUUCCACCUGGAGCCUGAGAGCGAGGGCUACCGUCUGAGAUUGGGCACAUAUCGAGGCAAUGCUGGCGACUCCCUCAGCAGCCACAACGGCAAACAAUUCACUACUCUCGAUAGAGACAAGGACGCCUUCUCAGGAAACUGUGCCCAUUUCCACAAAGGAGGAUGGUGGUACAACGCUUGCGGCCAAGCCAAUCUGAAUGGCGUAUGGUACAGCGGAGGUGUCUACAGAAGCAAAUUCCAGGAUGGGAUCUUUUGGGCAGAUUACGGCGGAGGCUUCUACUCAAUGAAGUCGGUCCGCCUGAUGAUUCGGCCCAUUGACGGAUAA